ACUACCAGGUCCCCAUUGCGGCCUCCUGCCUCCACUCCACCUCGAAAGGGCGAGGCGGGGCAGCUAGCACCGCAGCUGCUGCUUCUUCCUCCACGCCGGUGCACCGGCAAAUAACCCCCCCGCGGGCACCCGCCGCCCCGAGCGUAGCGCGCGCCAUAUGACGACGGCGUGGUGUUGGCCGUGGCCGUGGCAAGCGACCUUGCUCGCGGCCGCGGCGUGGCUGUGCCUGCACGCGGCCGUGGCGCGGCUCAUGGAGGCGCUGUGGUGGCGGCCGCGCCGGCUGGAGCGCCACUUCGCGCGCCACGGCGUGCGUGGGCCGGGCUACCGCUUGUACCUGGGCAGCUCCAUCGAGCUCAGCCGCCUCAUGGAGGACGCCUCCUCCCGCCCCGCGCCGCGCGAUGAGCCGCACCGAGUUCUGCCCCGGGUGCUCGCCUUCCACCACCAUUGGGACAAACUCUACGGUCCAAUGCAUCUGAUCUGGUUCGGGACGACGCCGCGGCUGGUCGUGAGCUCGCCGGAGCUGAUCCGGGAGGUGCUGCUGUCGCGGUCGCAGCAUUUUGACCGGUACGAGGCACACCCGCUGAUCCGCCAGUUCGAGGGCCUCGGCCUCAGCAACAUCCACGGCGACGAGUGGGCGCGCCGCCGCAAGAUCCUGGCGCCCGCCUUCCACGCCGAGAACCUCAAGCUGCUCGCGCCCUUCGUCGCCGGCACCGUGCAGCGGAUGCUGGAGGAGCGCGUGCUGCUGCCGGGCGGGCCCGGCGAGGUGGAGCUGGACGUCGCGGACUGGUACCGGCGGCUGCCGCAGGAGGUCAUCACCGUCGCCACGUUCGGCCGCAACAACAGCGACGAGGGCAGCGCCGUGUUCCGGCUGCAGGCCGAGCACGCCAGCUACGCCACCGAGGCGCACAGCAAGGUCUUCUUCCCGGGCUACAGGUUCCUGCCCACCAGGAGGAACAGGCGCGUGUGGCAGCUGGACAGGGAGAUCAGGAGACUGCUGGCCAAGCUCGUCGCCGGACUGCAGAGCGGCGGCAGCGGUGAUCACCGACACCAGGGCCGGGACCACGGGCGCGCCGGCGGCGGCAUGAGGGACUUCAUGAGCUUCAUGGCCCCGGCCAUGGCGGCGGACGAGAUCAUCGAGGAAUCCAAGAACUUCUUCUUCGCCGGGCAGGAGACGCUCACCAGUUUGCUCACCUGGGCCACCGUCGCGCUAGCCAUGCACCAGGAAUGGCAAGACCGCGCUCGCGAGGAGGUCAUGGAAGUCUGCGGCAGCCGGGCCGUCCCCACCAAGGACCACAUACCCAGGCUCAAGACGCUCGGGAUGGUCAUCAACGAGACGCUCAGGCUCUACCCGCCGGCGGUGGCCAUGAUCCGGAAGGCGAAGCGGGACGUGGAGCUCGGCGGCUGCGUGGUGCCGGCGGGCACGGAGAUCAUGAUCCCCAUCAUGGCGGUACACCACGACGCCGGCGUGUGGGGCGACGACGCCACGGAGUUCGACCCCGCGCGCUUCGCGGACGAUGGUGACCGCCGGCCGCGGCAGCAGAUGGCGUUCUUCCCGUUCGGCGGCGGCGCGCGGGUGUGCAUCGGCCAGUACCUGGCGCUCAUGGAGGCCAAGAUCGCCUUGGCUACGGUGCUGCAGCGCUGCAAGUUCCGCCUGUCGCCGGCGUACGUGCACGCGCCGAGGGUGCUUAUGAUUCUCAACCCACAGCACGGCGCGCCGGUCAUCUUCCGGCCAUUGUGAAGCCAGCCAUCUCGCAGCUUCGAUCGAAUUCAAUUGCUUCUUGUAAAUAAGUUAUCAUCUCUCAUUGCCAAUUGCAAAUAUAUAAAGUAUAUCAUACUUACGUGACAGGUGUCAGAUGUACAAAGAAGGAUAGAAACAUUUCUAGCGACAUUUGUUCACUCGUACCAAUUCGUAUAUACGUAUUUGGCCUUGAGAAAUUGAA